AUGCUCACCUGCAGAGGAGCCCUAUAUUUUGGAAUUUUGCUGUUCGUGAUCCCGUUGUGCUUUGGACAAGAUCCAGUUGGAGCGUACAAUUUCGGAAUCAAACCCCAUGGAAAAACGUCAGCUACCUACCCACCAGAAUACGGUAAAUGGUCCGAUAACGAAAAGGAUACGCAAGGAGCGAUAACAAGAACCGUGCGAGAUGCUGGGAAUGAACCGCGUUCACGAGCGAAAAGAUGGUAUGGAUAUGGCAUGCCAUGGGGUUAUGGUUAUGGUGGCUGGGGUGUCCCAUGGGGUGGAUAUAUGCGCCCAUGGAGACUCGGAGGAUUCGGAUACCCUUACGGGAUGGGUAUGGGUUUUCCGUAUCCAUAUGGUAUGGGUUUGGGCUAUGGAUUAGGUGGUAUGGGACUUUAUGGAUGA